GCAAGUUCGUCUUCUCCCAGGACCUAAACUCUGUUGUUACCCGAAACAUCAAAAGGGGUGGACAUGAUAAAUACAGCCAUAACCCCCCGGGGGAGUUGACUCUCUUCCCUCUAAAAAUUCCUCAUAGUCAUGUUUGUUAUUCCCAGAAGUCAUCCAAUCCCCCUGCAUCUCGGAUACCACUACUCUAUUCGAAACCCCUGAGCACAUAAUAGUGCCGCGGCUAACACACAUUCGCUUGGAUCCUGGUCUCACUACUACAUGCGACCCCUCCGUUCCUUCUUCACUUCCUCGGUCCAGUCUCUGCUUCUGCGGAAGUAGCCUCCGUUUACGCCUCGUCGCCGAUGCCGAUGAUCUCUCCUGUUUAAAUUCUCACGGCUUCCCUCGUUGACAUCGUAAAAUUUUCCGCUCGUUCUUCCACCUUUUCUCCCCCCUCGUGACCGGUCGAAGUCACGGGUCUGCCUUCCCAUCCCGUGACCGGCAUUCCAUCACGGGCUGUCAGAUUUUACUUUCUCAAGGAUCCCCCGAAAGUUAAUCCCCGCGUGUCAUAAACAUGCGCGACAUGCCGUCCAGAUUUAUUGAAAUCCUCGACCCCGAAGAUUCUCAUUUUCGUAUGUCUGAUGCCGACGUCCGGCUGGAAGAUGUCCUCGCGGACCAAGAGGCUAUCGCCAGCCGGCCCCGUUCCUCCACGCAAUCGUCGACUAAAGCGGGUCUCGAUAAAGACCGGCUAUAUCGGGAGGGCCCAUCGUCGCCACAACAGCGGUGGAAACGCUUGAGCAUGAUCCUGGUCCCUGCGAGACGGGGCUCCAACUAGACCGAGGAUUUCUCCUACCACGUUCACGCUAGACGUGAUCAUCACCAUCGGAAUAUACAAUAUUCCCGACGGGGAUUGAAUACAAUUUCAUGCGCUAUGGUUCUUCCCUGUCCAAUGAGACCCAAAUUAGAAAUUGAUCUGCCCAUGAUUAUGGUAUGCGGAUAACGACCGAACGAAUACGGAGUACAGCGGUUAUGGCAUAUGGUAUUUUACGAAUGAUUCAGGUUUAGCAUACAAUUUGGUUGCGUUUACAUUCCUGAUCCACAGUAGCGGAUCUCUUUCUCACAACCCUUGAUACCCCCUAUGCAGUGUCGACAACAUCGUCUUUUGACUGUUUUUUCCCCUUUGCUUCUCGGCGCAUAUAUUCAUGAAUGUAUGCGGUUGAGUACAAUUCCUUCACACUCUGCUCGCCACUUAUGAACCUAUGAUUGCAAUGCCUUGAAAGAGCGUUUACAAUGACUUGCUGGAUACACGACGUCAUGCUGCCAUACAAUUAGAAUUAAAAGCAUACACUGAAAGUUUUGUAUUAUGUAGAAUAUCAUGGCUACUUUCUUUUUUCUUAAUUUACAAAGCAGAACGUGAUCCUUCGGAGAGGAAAAAAAAAAUUUAUACAUGCAAAGGGCG